GUUUAUCUCGUGACUUCAAGUUUGCCGAUAAGACGUGAAAGUUUGUUUCUCUGUGGUAUUCCGGCUUCGAUGCCUCAAAACGGCUUAAUCGCGGUUUAAGGUGCGUCUGUGUGCGGAUAUUUCCGAACGAUGCGAUAACACUCUCAUGCUUGAAGAUGUUAGUGCUCUUAUUUCCCAUGUCGCCAAUUUUUGUGGUAAAAAUGUGAAUACACGCAAAUCGCUUUGAUAAGUAGAAGUUGACCAUCAGACUACCGGAAUGCCGUCAGAUGUCGUGUCGUUGGUCACCACUGGAUUAGGGGUUGGUGUCCUAGCCGGGAUAUUGUCUGGGGUUUGUUACGUUCUUGUCCACGGCUAUAAGAAAAAGAGGAUUCGUAAACGGGGAUCCGAUUGGUACUGUGAGAUUUGCGGGGUUUAUGUCAGGCAGGUGGAGGACAUAUUGGAAAACACAUUAAUUACCUGUUCGCAAUGCGGUUGCAGAGCGUGCAGAAAGAAAUGUGCAAAACUUCAAUGGACGAAGUGGUUCUGUCACAGAUGUUUAAAUCCGUCCGAAUCGUGGUUUAAGGAAAUAUUUCACGCCGUACAACCUAAUGGCUGGUUUAACGCUAGUAUGAAUGUCCAGCAAAGCUCUGACUUAGACGCCGCUUUAGAAUCUUUGCGGAAACUGGAAAAAGAACAAGUGCGUGACUUCAUCGAGAAACUAGUCAAUGUUAUGCUCUGCGGGAAUGUCGACAAUGCUAGUGUGUCCAAACUAUAUAACGACAAACAAUAUGAUGAAAUUUUCCAUAGAUACCAUCUAGAUCUGAGCAAUACCCUUACAGACUUGGGCUCCGCAUUGCAUAUUGCCAUUUCCAAUUUGCCUAUAACAGGUCAAUCGCCCAGCUCAGCACAUGAAGCGUUAAAGCAAUUGAUCGAGCAACUUUUAAAGGAAGCUGCGACGUUACCUCGGCUACAGCAAACUCAAGAUCAUUCAACUACCGCAGAAGGAAACCCUAGCAGAACCUACGAAGACCUUUUGGCCACAGCAAUUAUCAAUAAGGUGAUAAGCAGUUGCCAAAGUAACUUGCCGUCUUCUUCGGCAAACAGCGUAUGUAGCCAUGUGUCCAAAGUUUCAUGCCAAAACGAAAGUAAGGAAUACUUUUUCGGUGAGGAAACUCUAGACGCCAAAUGGAAAUCUACUGAUUUAGAAACGUCCUCCGUUUCUAGUUCGGAAGAAUGGAUCCAAACGGAUUCAAGUUUGGGAUCAAAAAAAUACGUGGAUCGGGUUACCCUUAUGAUAAAACAGGAUAUUGAAGAAGUGGAUCGAUUACACUCAGAGGACGAAGAAGAUGGCACAGACUAUUUCAGAUCAAGCUCUUCGCUGCUCGGCGAUAGUGACACCAACUGGUUCCUUCAGAGACGCCACUUCCAAGGAACCCCUUCGCCAGUACCCGUUCCGAUGCUGGUGCCAAACCCUACAACAGAAGCUAAGGUUUUUAUCGGCGAUAAACCGGUCGAUGAUACUUCUGAUUUAUCCGACGUAGGAUCGGACUUUGAAGAACCGGAACCAUUACCUAAAGCUCACACGCUAUUGAUAGAAUCGAAAACUAUAAUCGGGGGUGGCAAACGAAAUCCUGAAUUGGUCGAACACGCAGAUGAACAGAGCGAGUCAUCGACCGAUUCUGGGGUGAAGGAAGUUAACGGUCGGGAACAGAGAAGAUUUGAAUUGAUGAGUUCAAGUCAGAUCUCCAAGACGGACGUCAGUGUAGAUGAUGACAAUGUUGAAGACUCGUCGUUUCUUUCCGUCUACAGCAACACGGAAAAAGAGGCUGAGUAUACUGAGAGAUAUGGCUCCUUGCCAAGGACGAUAUUGAAAAGUCCAACGCCUCCCGCAAGACCUUCGCGAAACCUAGACACAUCAACCGCACCAAAAUAUUCCGAUGUAAUUACGUCUAGAACAGAAAACUUCCACGACCGAGUGCCGACACCGCGAACGACCAUUAUUAAUGAAAACGAGGAAUAUAAAUCUGAUAGCUCCGGAGAAGUGGAAUUUUCCGGUAGUUAUAGCAAACGUGAAAGGGAGAAAUGGAAACAUGCUGUUCAGAUGAAAAAUAAUCCCUACUCUAGAGAAAAUAUCGAGAAACGCUUACAGCGUUCUUCCUCUUCUGUUGGAUCCUCAUUUGGAGCCGACUGGUAUGCUAAACAGGCUAAAAGUCCAUCAGGAGGAAAGCUCAAAUCCUCUGAGAUAAACGGCGUGAACUGGCCUCCACAAAAACCACCCGAAGAUGAAAUUUACCAAUACUCCGAAACGAACGGGGUACAUCACGCUGUUCACGCCGUCGUAACAGAUUCCGAACAACACGAGGCUUUAUACGAAUGCGUAGAAGAAGAUUUGUUUAAGCAAGAGCCAAAAAUUCAAAGUUACGGUGGGAGUUUCGCAGUCGAGAGUAAUAUCUCUCUCACAAGCGACUCAGACCUGAGUUAUGUUAACUUCUACGACGUUGAAAACUCACAAAUUAUUAGGAAAAACAAGCACGAAGAAAUAUCCAUACCUAUUAAGUCAACCGAUGCUCAAGGAACGUAUACGGCGAUAUCAGAUAACAAUGGCGACGAGGAUUCUCUUCUAGCAGCGGAGAUACAUCCGACUAUAAAAGAAGUUCCCGUGGCUAAACCCCGAGUUCUCGGUGCUGAAGAAAAGGACGACCAUCGCCGGUUCAUAAAGGCCCCCACACCUACGCAAAGGCAUCUGGUAGCAACGACAAACCCAAACGUGUUACGCCGACAUCACAGUGAGUCUGAUCUGUUGGCCGAUUCUUUCGACGCUCCACCAAAAGUUUUACAUCACCGAAAAGAUAAUACCCUGAUAUCCAAAAUCUACAAGGAUCACCGAGUCAGGCAAUUCGCUCAGUCGACUAGGGAGGGGCGGUUGGCCGGUGAAGAAUCCCGUCCAAACUAUCAAAAUCAAUGGAGUUUGGAAGUAAAAAGCGCACCGGAAAUAUCACUGGAUACUAUCGACCAUGGGUUUACAUCGGACAAUGAUUAUUCGUCCGGAAAAACCGGGAAAAUGUCGUUUAGUUCCGAAGAAGACUUACUCUCGAUUCACUCCAACGCGAGCAUUGCUAAGAAAGAUUCGGUAGACGUAAAAUUCAAACUAGAAAAUGAAGAAAGGUCAUCGAGUAGAGAAAUUGCCAUCAGAUCUGCGUCGCCGAGUCUGCUAACACCAAAGCCACUGAGCACUCGAAAGUUUAUCUACAGUUCGUCGGAAGAUCUUCUGUCUACAGAUGAAGUUGAAGCCUUGCCGAAACGAAAAGAUAACACGUUGAUUUCGAAGAUCUACAAAGAUCCGAAAGUCCGAAAAAUUGCAUUGAAUAGCAGAGAAUUUAUCCCAGACGAAUAUCAGUCCAGGUCGAGAAAAAUUUCUCAAUAUAACUCAGAUGAGGAGGUGUUCCCGGAUAGGAGACCUGCGUCAGCUCCUUAUGAAAAGAAAGAAAUUUAUAGCUCUGUGGAUAAUGUGUCCUCGACUAUAUCAGAAGUAGGUCAUAAAAGCUACGAGUUUAAGCGCGAGAUCAGCGCGGAGAAAAUUGAAACUAAGCAUUGGAAUGAAGAAGUUAGAUCGAAACUUGUUAACAAAUUGGAGCCAGACUUGGAAGAAAUUGCCAGGAAGAAAUUAGUUCACGAUAUCUUGGAAAAGCUAUCGGAAAUGGAUACAUCGGAAGUUCAUAUUCACCCAGAGGGUGAUGAUGUUCGAAAGUCGGUAGAGGAAAUCGAUGAAUUUAGAGUGUCAGUCAAGGAUUUGAGGAAAAAGUUUGAAAUUAAUGACGGGAAAAGCAAACACGUCGUGUCUAGUCUAACUGCCAGAAGUUUGUCCAAACAAAUAAAGGAGUCUUUGAGACAAUAAAUACAUUUGGUUGGAGUGAUUUCAUUUUAACUAUUUUCACUAGGAAAUUGUAAAAAAAUUGUUGCUAAUAAUCAGUAUUAUUCAUCAAUGAAAUGUAAAAAAAUGUAUACUACAAAGUAAGACUGAAAAACACUAAGAAGAGUUUGAUUUAUUAUUUUACAACGGAGAUACAUUACGGAAUAAAUAAAGAAUAAAUAUUACAUAUCUAUAUGGAAACCAAGCCCGUUAAUGUGUUUUUGUGUAAAUUUUAUAAUGUCAGUGUAUUACUUAGCAGGUUUCUAGGUAAAGCGUGUAUAUGAGGAGUUACCGUUAUAAUUUCUUUUAAGUAUAAACGUAUGUAUAGUAAUAUAAAUAUUAUUUUAAAUUAGUACGUUGUUU